CGAUCAUCCAUGUGUACAUCUCCGAGCCCCAUGAUCAGCGGAUCCUCGCCUUUGAUCUGACCUCUCUGUAUUAUCAAGUUGCCUGUCAUCCUCUCAAUCCUUAUUAUUGGACAGUUUUGAAGUAAGUGAUCCUUGUAAAAGUAUGAAUAAUCCUGUUGUAGAACAUACUUCUUAACAGAAUAUACAAGCAAAUGAAUGAAUGAAUGAAUACAAUUAAGAGUAUGACAUGAUAGUGCUGAAGAGAGUGUAGCAGUACUUUUUUCGUUUUCCGUUUUGUCUAAACUUUUUCAAGAUGUUGUUGUGCUGAUUGACACAAAUAAGUUAGUUUUUAGAUUUAGAAACGUUCUGUAACUGUCUUCAAAAUCCCAUCAACGAUUUGAACUAUUCCGCCAUCGACGUUGUUCAUUUGGUAGUUCUAUUUAUUUCGUGUAAAAAAGCAAAAUGCAGUCGUUUGAUGUGCAGGCUGCGCCACGGCGGACCGAGGAGGGCGGUCCGAACGCCGGCGUCAUUAUUGCAGCUGCAACAGGAUUUGUAAAAAGGAGGCCCGUAACCGUCUCCUUGUGGGUCGUUGGCCUUCUAGUCGCAGCCUUGGGGAAUGGGUUUGCGGUACUAGCACUUAAGAGUGAGAUGUACUAGCACUCAAGAGUGAGAUGGACCAUCUUAAGGAUGCGUUUGAAAUGAGAAAGCAAAUAGCCUGCCAGGGGAUUCAUAUCUGGAUAGCCUCUAGGCUAUUUUAUGGACCGCUUAAAUAUGCCUAUGCCAUUGACCGAAAUCAAUGAUGUUUUUCGUUUUUUGUACUAACGCUAACUUGUGGAGCGAUGGUUGUUUGUCGUUUUACUUCUGCCUUUAUUCUUGAUGCGAACAACAUUUUUCAAGAAUAAGUAGAUCCAUUUUCUGAAAAAAUGAAUCACGCCAACAGCUAGUGGUAAGUAGCUAGAAGAUCUUUCUCGCACGCAAAAAUCGUAGGUAAGCAUGCAACAGAUGGAGACAUAUCAAGACGCGAUGUCGCAUGCUCAUCACGUAACGGAUAGAGAGCUGGGUCAGGCACGAAGGUUAUUCAAAGAGGCAGACCAAAGAUAUUACAACGCGAAAGGCUGGUUUUGGAGCUGCGACGCAAAUUGUCAAAAAAUGCUCAGUAGGCGAGACUUGGCGCAAGCCAGAUUGCUGGAGGUACAUACUUCAUGACGUUAAAAGUGUAUGGUUUUUUACUCUAGUCGUGGUGUCGUGUUUUACUCGUGUAGUGGUGUCUUACUCAAUCGUGUUGCUCGGCCAUCUGUGAGUUUUGCGGGCGGGUAUCUUCUGCACCGCGCUUGCCUUGCACUGAUAAUUUGACUGACGCGGCUUUCUUUGUGUACAAAACAGGUAGAGUCAAAGCGUGACAACCUCAUCAAAGAAGCACGACAAACAGUAGGGAUAUGGUCCACAAUUGGCGUGCAAGAGGUGCGGGAGCGCUUCUGGGGAGCAUGGGAGCAAGGAAAAGAAACUGCGAAGAGAUGGACCAUGAUGGACGCAAUCUUCAUGGCAUUACCCGGCGAUAGGGAACGCACCUUCGUGCAAGUCAUCCUGCAGAUCAUAUUUCAGUACUUCUACAAAAGAUUUUGAGUUUCUUGGAUUGUGAACACAACAAUUGUGCUUACAAAGACGAUAAAUUUUAGUUUUAGAUACGGGGAGGUAACUGUUGUACAGCUAAACUGCCUUUUUCUAGGAUAGAUUUUGCUGUCAAAAAAUCAGUGUCAAUCCCCAAUCAAAAAACCCAAGGUAUUUGACGAAUCUGACUAUUGGAAUGAUCUCGGCGAUGUUCAUCUUUCUGACGAAUGUUGCGUACCUAGUCUACAACUACGGGGAGAGCUUUUUAAGCGGUAUCGCGUUCUUCGCUCUGGUGGUAGUAAGCUGUGUUGCCGUGGUAUCGACGUAUCUCGGCGUCCUAGGCGGCGCAGUAGUCGGCGGCGUCACCUACGUUGUAAACAAGGAGCAACAGCGGCUAGCCGGCGGAGCAGAAAGAAGAAGAGUCAAUUACAACAGUUCUGGCGCUAGUGGAUACCGGCGUCCCCAUCACGAUUAGUAACUUGCUUCUCCAAUUCCUUUUCCUACAAUUCUCAUCUCAGUUACUUGACUUAGCAUCACUCUCUGCCCCAAACCCUCCCCAACGCUACAUAGUACUCCCAACAGUACUAGUUGUGACACCAGCAAAAGCGCUUGUGCGAGAGAAUUCCAACACGCGAAACUAACCCUUGUUGUUGGAUGUCGCACGAGUGCCAGGUCCCGCCCGGGCCCAUGUGAAAAUCACCGAUGAAAAACAAAAGAGAAAUUAUGUAUUUCGACUCGUCCUUUUGCUGGCUGAGUAUAGUCAAUGACUUUUCUUUGACGCUCAGCGGAGGU